UGCACCGGGUUGCCGUUUCCCAAAGGCUUCCCAUCGCUAUGUCCCACAGAAGCGCCAUUCACUGGACGUCGUCUACCGUUGUCGUCCUUUGUUUUCUCAUGGGGAUUGUUCCGUCGUACCCUCUUCCAAUCAGAGAUAAUGGAGCUUUACUUGAAAGAGGAUGGGGGUCACUUUUCGCCAGGUCGCUUGGGAUGCUUCCGGAUCCGUUGGAUGUAAAAUGGAAAAGCGAUUAUUUACUCGGAAUCAAGAGGCACCGAAGGCUUUACUGCAAUGUAGGAAUCGGAUUUCACCUUCAGAUUCUCCCUGAUGGAAGCAUAAGUGGGGUCCAUAAUGAGAAUCCAUACAGUCUGUUAGAAAUUUCAACUGUAGAUCGAGGGGUUAUUAGCUUGUCGGGUGUGAAAAGUGACCUGUUUGUGGCUAUGAACAACAAGGGGAGACUUUAUGCUUCGCCUACCUUCCAGGAUGAAUGCAAGUUUAGAGAAAUCCUCUUGUCGAACAAUUACAAUGCCUAUGAAUCGGAACUGUACCACGGUGCUUAUCUUGGAUUAAGCAAAUACGGGAGGGUAAAAAGAGGAACUAAAAUCUCCCCCGCAAUGACAGCGACUCAUUUUCUUCCAAGACUAUAAGAAUGAAUCAAGCUUACAGCCAAAUAUGUACAUUUUUAUUUUGCACAUAUGAUUUAACUCCCAGGUAACACGUUUAUACACUGUCAGAGUAUAUGUAUAUUUGGCUCAGAAUGUUUGUACUGGAUCCGUUACAACCAGUACCCAUCGGUAAUCUACUUACUUAGUGAUGGGUGAAUUUGCGUGAAAUUCUCGAAACGGCGAAAAAU